GUCUACAACAAUCUGCAGUCGCUUUGCCAGCAGUAGAAGAUCGCAAGUAGCGGGCUCUCCGCUCACUCGGCAUAUAUUUCGGCAUGAAAGUCAGACCAUAACGAAGUUGCAACUAUCAAACACAUAAAGAAUCAUGGGACAUCCAUCCGCGCACGCUCGAGCUUCUGAACCAUGACAAGCUGCGUCGUUAGUUUCGUAGCCUUGCUGCUAGCGUUCGGCCAUGCCACAAUAUCGCAGUCGAUCACUUCAAAUGUAGAAUGCGUUUGGGGCCCAGGCAGUGCGCUGCAACGCUGCACCGCAAGCGCCUCAGAUGCGGAUGCGUUCGCACUGUACAGUUCACGAGAGCCGGCAAACUGGCUGCCUAGCUGGAUAUGGCAGCUGCGAGACGCGCCCGCGGCAAAGGCGCCCGGCGUCACAAUUAUUAAUGUCACCAUUUCCCUUCCUGGCUGCGCGGCGCUGUGGAACCUGUCUGCUUCCGAAUGCACGCUACACGUUUCUAGGCUAUGGCCAGUCGCAGGCCUGCAGGCCGGCCCCGCCUACCUGUUUUUCCCGCGUCUCCGGGGUGCCACGUCCUCCGCCGAAAACCUCAACAUCACCUGCCCCCCCGACAGCUGGCAGGCGCUUCUGCAGCAGCAGCCCUACCCCACUGCAGGGACCGCUGCAGCUACUGCAGCAGCGACGCAGCUAGCCCCAUGCGGAACCGCCACCAUCUACACCGGCCGCGACCUGGUUACCGCCCUCGCGGACCUGCAGACGUCCCACACGCGCGUGCUCGUGACGCUUGGCGCCAACAUCUCCCUGCCCGCCUCGCCAACACCACAACGGGUCGAUGACCACCCCGACGAUGCUAGCCCCCUAGUCGAGCUGUACCGCAACGUGACGCUGGCGGGCGGGGUGCGGCCGCUGGCGGCGGGGGCUACGGAGCUGGAUGUACGGCAGCGCCGCAACGCGUUCGACCUGGCGUUGGGCGCGGCGCGGCGGGGGCUGCCGCAGCCCGUGCUGGUGAUGGUGGACUUGCAGAUCCUGAACGCCCCCUCGGGCCCGCCCUCCACGUGGCCGCUGGGGCUGCUGUCGCUGCAGCACAGCUACCUGGGUGCAGACAGAAGCGGCGCCCGGGGCAUUCAGCGCAUAGGCAUGCGGACAUGGCUGGGGACCACAGCCGCCGAAUCAGCCUUCAUACGGCUGUGGUAUACCCUCUGGCUGUCUGACACGGCCAGUGGCGGCAGCGGCGGCCAGUCCAGCUGGUUGUCGUCGGCCGUCACGCCAGUGGGCCAGGUGGACGACGAGGACGGGGGCCGGUCCAGCUUGUCGCGUCUGUCCUUCAUGCUGUCGUACAACACCAGCACGAGCGUGUCGUCGCGUACGGCAGCACACGAGUACGACAUGUGGACAGACCUGCUGGCGGUCGCGGCGGGGGGUACGGCAGGGGCUACGGCGGCGGGCACGGCGGCGGGCGUCAGCGGCGGCCCGCCGGGCCUGCCGCUGCUGCCUCCAUCCAGCUUUGCGGCGGCGGCGACCUCGGCCCAGCUGCUGCAGCUGCUGCGGGAGCCUUGGACCGACGGACCGCGGGUUGUCUUCCUCCUCGCCAAUAUUACGCUCUCCGUUUGCGGUGGCUGGCCGGAGGGCGGGCUGGUGCUGGACUACCCGGUACUGCUGGUGGGGCCCGCUACCGGCGCCCCCGUGUGGCUGGACGCAGCAAACCUGCCACUGCUGCUCCUGGAGCCGGCCACCGACGGCAGCAGCAACAGCAACAGCAGCAGCACCGGCAUCACGCUCAUGCGGUUGCGGGCCGCGGGACUUCUAGCAGCGCCGCCGGGCUGGCUGCAGCGGCAGCAGGUCGAACUGAACGCCACUCGCGCCGCGGUACUGGCGGCUGCAGCGGCGGCGCUUGCAACGGAUGGUGGCGGCGGCGGGGCUACUGCCGGUGGCGGGAAUCUAAGUGGUAGCACAGUACCGUAUCCCGCUUUGAUGUCCUGGCAAAGCAGUUGCAACCCGCAACCUGCCGGCGUUGGCGCGAGCAAAGCCGCCAGCGGCGUUGGCGGCGUCGGCGGCAGUAGCGCACCUACUGGAAGCAUCGCCGUCUAUAACUGCAGUCUCGAGGUCUCAGCAGAUUUGCUCGGGCUCCUCUUGUCUUUUAACCUGCCAGCGGGCCAGUAUGUGUGCACGGCAGCAGGCAUUGCGACAGGCGGCGCCAGCAACAGCCAUUACGUUUUGAGGCAGAUGGCGUGUGAUUUGGCGGGAGCCGACAGCAUCGGCAACAACAGCGCCGCAGGCGGGGCUGCCUUGCCACCAGCGGCGACUGCGUUCUUCCCACCCCAGCUGACUGCCGCCCUUGCCGUGCUGUUGCGGAGCGAAAUGAAGGCGGUCGGCCAGGUCACAUUGCUGGAUUCUGUCAUCAAUGCGAACGCUACAAGUACCAGUACCAACAACGUCAUGAAAAUCGCAUCUGCAACUUGGAGCGGCAUGUCGAUCUACAACAGCUACGUAUCUGUGGGUGGCAGCGUCGGCAGCACCGGCGGUGAUAAGCAAGAUGAGCGCCCGUGCUCCCCAGUCACACUGGUUGCGGCUGUGGUGUCCGACGUGGCAUGGAUUGUGAACACAACUACUUCCGCUGGCCCGCCCACACCCACACCCCUGCCGUCCUCAACAACGUCACCGUCAUCAAGCACGUCCACAUCCAGCGUCAUUAUCGGCAGUGCUGUGGGCGCCGCUGCCGGGCUACUGCUCCUGCUGCUGGCAGGCGGCGCAGCGGUAGCGGCCUGGCGGCGGCGCAGGCGGCGGCUGCAGCAACAGUCCCAGCAGAAGGGCUGUAGCGCAGACAAUGGCGACUUGGCCUGCACUCCCACGUUGUCGCCUGGUGGCGGCUCGAGCGGGACAGAUGCGGCAGCGGCAGCGGCAUCAGCAGGGAACGGUCCAGCGGCUGCUGCCGACCACCGGCAGGUUCGCGCCGACGCGCUUCAAGCCACGGCGGCGCACCCCCAUUCCAUUACCCUUCCGGACGACGACGAUGAGCGCGCACAGCCACCUGCAGCGGUGGCAGCAUUGGGCAACAUCGCCGCCGCCGCUGCCGCAACCGCUGGCGGCGGCGUUGAGGCAACCGGUGGUGAGGGGGCAACCCCCGGCGGCGGCUUCAGCAGGGCUAAUAGCCUUGGCUACGCGUGUCGUUUCACCAUGAACAGUGAAGGAGGCAGCAGGUCCGCGGCUAGCCAACAGACUACUAUGUUUGACAUCGUGAUGGGCGGUCGUGGUGGCGGCGGUGGUGGCGUUUGGAUGAAUGCAGCCGGAGCUUCAGGAGUCCCCGGCGGCGGCGACACAGGGGCUGCUGCCGCCCUACUGCUGCCGCCGGCGGCGACUGCCACCGCGGACGUGGCUGCACUUGCCUGUACAGUCUUGGAGAACCGCAUACAGCAGCUCAAGGUGGCCGUGUCAGCCGCCGCAGCCGCGCCAACGGCAUCCAACCCUAGCAGCAAGGGCACCAGGGCUGCAUCCCGCGUGCUGGGGAGGGGGGCAUAUGGCGUGGUGGUGCUAGGAGACUGGAAAGGCGCCCCCGCUGCCGUUAAGACGGUGUUGCAGCUGGUGUCGGAUUCGCGGCGCCUUGAGCGCCUGGCGAGCGAAGUCGCCAUCGCCUGCUCGCUGUCGCACCCCUGCCUGGUCACCACCUACGACUACGUCCUGGAGCAACUGCCGAACGGCCUUCAGACCCUGCAGCACCAGCAGUCACAACAGCGGCCUACAGCAGCCUGGCUCACGGCUGGCGGUGGUGGCGGCGGUGGCGGUGGUGGCGCUGCCGGUGUGGCGGCGGCAGCUGCUUGCGAUGGCAAGGAUGGUUAUGAUGAGGACGACUCGGCCUUGGCGGUGCGGCUGCGGCUGGUGAUGGAGUACUGCGAGGGCGGCACUCUCAAGGAUGCGUUGCUGAUGGGGCUGUUCGCCUCUGAGCCGCCGCCACAUCGCCUGGCGCAACUGGCCGCCGGUAGCAGCAACACCGCAAGGCCCGAAAGCAGCGCCGGCACAGCCGCCGGUGGCACCACCGCAGCCGCAGCAGCAGCGCUACCAACUGCGGGCGGCAUCGCCGAGCCUGGUGGUGGUGUUGGUGGUGGUGGAGGUGGCGGCGGCGGCGGCGGCGGUCGCGCCGCCGGCAUCAUGCAACAGCAGCAGCGGCUGUUGCAUCUCUUGCUCCCAGCCUACUUGGAUGCCACAGCAGACGAGGGUAACGGGAGCGCCGCCGCCGCCGCCGCCGGCGAUGGCAGCAGCGGCGCGGCGACGGAUGCGGGCGCCCCCAGCCGUGUCAUGCUGCCGCUGAUGCCGUCCGCUGCUGCGGCGCCUGCUGCGGCGCCCGCGGCCGCCGGCAGUGGCCGGAACAGCACCGACAGCAGCAGCAGACGCGGCAGUGUGGAGGGUCGGUCGCCCAGGGUGCGGAACCUGCCGCUGGCGCUGAUGGCUGCGAGGGACGUGCUGUCGGGCCUGGCCUUUCUCCACGCCUGCAGCGUCAUACACGGAGACCUGAACGAGAACAACAUCUUGCUAAAGAAGGCGUCACCGGUGCUGCCCGUCGCUGCCGCCGCGGCGAUGGUGGCGUCUGCGGCGUCGGAGGCCAGCGCUGAGGCCGCCGCGGCGGCGUUCACUACCGCACAUUUGAUGGCGUCUAUGUCGUUGUCAGCGGGUGCGGCAGCUGCGGCUGCGGCGCCAGACAGCGCUUCGGUUGUCCGGGCGCUGUUGGCAAGCAGCAGCAGCGGCGGUGGUGGCGGGCUGCGAGGAAGGAAUAGGGAUAGUUUCAGGCCAGUCAUGCGAGUGGCUUCACCUGUCCCGCUGUCGCUUCCGUCCCCAAAGGUUUCACCGGCGACAUCGGCUGCUGCCAUUGCUGCGGGUCUAGACCUGGAGGGCGGUGUGAUAGCAGCCGUACAGGCGGCGGCAGCGGUGGCAGUCCGGCUAGACGGCCGUGAAGGGGGGGGAGCUGGAUCCGGAGGCGGCGGUGCGCCCGCUCCAAUAGGUCAGACGGCAGCACCUGCUCAUGGCAAACGGGAGGCAUCCACCGCAGCUGCCGGUGGCGGCGGCACUGCCUGCCCCUCCCCCCUGGCUGCAGGGGGGAAGCAGCAGCAGCAGCAGACGCAGCAGGAUGCACAGAAGGAUGCCGCACGCGCCGCGCAGCUGAUGCACGGCCGAAUGCACGACCGGCAGCAGCGGCAGCACCAGCACCACCGCCAUGACGACACCUGCUACAGCACCAGCGCCAGCCCAGCCACGGCAGCCGCGGCCCCUGCAGAGGCAAUGGAGGGAGCCUCUGCUGCUGCACCAGAAGCUGAGGGGGGCGCACAAAGCCAACUGCAGCAUUCACGCGGCGGCGGCGGCGCCGGUGGCGGCAGCAACGGCGCCCCGUGUUCAGCCACCAUGCGAAACAGUCACGCCACCGCCAUCAACACCGUCGCUACCACCACCACCCUGCUGAUGAGCACCAUGGAUCCCACCGCAUCCUCGAACCUCAUCACCACCACCAUGGCUGCCACUCACAGCGGCGCAGCCUCAUUUUCGUCCACCUCAUCCGUGUCAUUCUUCCUGAACGAGCUGCGGAGCAGCCAGCCUAGGCAGCAAUCGCCCCCGCGGAUAGGGUCUGUGGUGGGGUGGGCCCCCCGCUAUGGUGCCACCGCCACCGCCACCGCAGGCUCACAGGGAGGCAGCAUGGCGGCCUCACACAACCACCAUCAGGGUCAGGAUCAGCUGCACCAGCAGCACGAGCCGCAGCUGGACGCAUCGUCCACACGCCGCGCAUGCUUGUCAUCACCUUGCGAGGAGCCAGCUGCACCGGCAGCAGAAGCCGCUGCGGCUGAUGGAGAGGCGCCACUGCCGGGUCCCGGGCCUGCAGAGGGGCCCCUUGGCCCGGACCAAGCUUUGAGUUGUGUAGGCGACGGAGCGGGGGGGGACGGCCUCCUACUGACGACGGCUGCGGAGGCGGCCGGGCCCGACGACGAUGACGGCGGUGUGACGGCUGCGCUUUGGAGCCCCAUCAGCGACAGCAUCCGCAGCCGCCGCCGCGACGGCGGAUACGGUAACAGCAUGGACAGCUCCGGCUACUCCGGCAUGGCGCGCGGCGCCGUCGUGGCCGCGCAGGCAGCAGCAGCGCUCCAAGCGCCCCGCCUGCCGGCGCCACCGCAAAAGCAGCGGCACUCCUUGAACUCAUUCGGUGGCAGCGCGGCGGCGGCAGUAGCGCCAGCCGCCGCAUCGGUGUCACUGUCCAUUGCGCCGCCGUUACCGCCUGCAGCAGGCCCCGCGUCGCUGUGCUCGACAUCCUCUCUGCAGCAGCUGUUUUGGCAGGCUCGGGCCACGAACGGCAGCAGUGGUAUGGCCGGUGGCGUGAACGGCGGCGGUCGGGUGGUGAGCAGUGCCACGGCGGCCCGAACUUCCGUGGAGCAGGCCUCCCCGGCGGCUAUGACUGCGGCGGCUGAGCUGAUGGGACAAGUGUUCAAGAUCAGUGACUUUGGCUUGUCCAUGCACAUGCAAGCGAAUGAUCAGACGCACAUAAGCAACGUCUACCAGGGCACCCCGCUGUUCACGGCGCCGGAGGUCGUGAUGCAUGGGCGGCUGUCGCCCGCGGCCGACAUGUACAGCUUCGGGGUGGUGCUGUGGCUUCUUCUGCACGGCGUGUCAAUGCGGGCUGCGGGCGUGCCCUUCCAUGGAGCCUUCCGCAUGUCGCCCAUCGGUCCCGAGCUGCUGCGCCGCGCCGCGCCCGACCUGCCGCCCGCCGCCGCCCGGCUGCUGGCAGAGUGCCUGGAGACAGACCCUGCGAGGCGUCCCAGUGCGGCGGAGGCGGGCCGACGCGUCACCGCCCUACUGAAGGAGGCUCUGGGACCGGCACUGGGGGCGGUGGUGCUCUUCAUCGAGCGGACGACGCAGGUGUAGCAGCCGCUGCUGUAGGCGUGCAGCUGGCGGGACAUGCUACAUGGAAGGGCGGCGCGCAGAGACGAGAGGCAAUCGGCAGAGCUGGCAGUGCCACAAGCAGUGUAGUAAUUGACGAUGGGCCGUGCGUUUGUAUUGCAGCGAGUGAAAGAACACAUGCCGCAUGGCUGGCGUACGGCGUCACCAUAUGUACAUGUGGUCCGCAAAUAAAUGUGUGCGGUGCAAAUAACCAAUGUCGAACUUUGUGUACUAUCAUGGCAAUACGGAUGCACUGUGUAUGAACUAGUGGACGCGGACGGGGGUCGGUGGCGCUCUUGUCCAUGUGUUGAUGAGACGUGAUCCCAAGCGGCGCGCCAGGCUGGUUGGCAACAAUGAAGGCUGCCCACAGGGUGGCACAGGAUGAGUGAAGGUACGGUAUGAGGUAUGAGGCCAAUAAGUGUGUACGGUGCAUGCGCCGGAUGUGACUUAUCAUCAAUAAACAUGUUCCCCAGAGCGGUAUGCUCUGAAGGCGGUGUCAGCUUCAGUCAAUCCUUGAGAUAUACUGAGAUGCUGAAACAAAAUGAGCAUUGCUCUCAUAGCUUAAUCAUAUACCAUUUUGGAUACUGUCAUGAAGUAGGCUAGUCUUAUUAGUAGCUUGAGUGCACAUGUUUACGCGGGUUUGUGUAUCAUGGCUUGCACGGUGCGUGUGUGGCGGUGCUGUUACCAGCAGAGCGUUUUGCGCGCGUGGAGGGCGGACAUAAAUGACACGGACGGGGCGGGACACUAUGGACCCCCCCUAUGGCCUUAUUACUUGCCCAUGGCCCUCAGCAGCCGUUCAGAUGUCGGCCCAUGUUCAAUCUGUUUGUGUAACAGGUUGGGUGUGUGCAACUCGAAACGUGUGAGCGAGAUCUCUGGCCUCAGUACGUAUCACGUGCCGCAGGCAUAUAGUAAUCACGUUGCUCCUCCUAGCCUACAUGCCGGGUUGGCAGUGCUCGUUUUAUUCUCUCUCAUGACUGAGCCAAGAUUGCGGGUGCCACUCCAUGUUUUAGUCCUCUGUCUAACGCAAUGAUGUUAUGUACCUACAAAAAUGCGGCGUCUUAAUACUGCGGUAGGAGUUUGCCCCAGGCGGAGGGGUGGUAUGGGGUACCGAUCCUACCGAUCCUCUGGUCACCCCAGGAUAGACCGACUUGCUAUCCUUUGUGCCGCGACCUCCAAUCCCA